AUGGCCAUACAACGUCUCUCCUCCAGAGCUGCGGCCCAACGGCUUGUCGCCAACUUCACAAUCGAUGGUGUCUCUCCUUUCCAUAACAUCGAUCCCCAGUGGACCUACGAGUGGUCCGACGACGAGGCGUUGUUCCAUCGCACUACUCCUCUACAGCCAUCGGACUCGACGUCGUUCCGCAUCAACUUCGUAGGAUCCAGCUUCCGCCUGAUUGGACGUAUCAGCGGCUCGAAUGCGUCCGGCUCUGUCAAUGGUGGCAACCCUAGUACGUUCGUCACCCACGAUGGCAUGACCGAACUUCUAUCGGAUGUUGCAGCCAACAACACGCUUGUUCAAGUUGAAGUGAACUACGGCCCUGAAACCUUCAUCGAAUAUAACAGUCUGCAGUAUAACAUGACGAUCGUGACCGAAGCCGGUUCGAGUGAGGUUCCUACUCUAUUGAAUGGGGAACUCAAUCCAUCAAUCCAAGUAUCAACCUUUAGUUCGGGAGACAUAUUUCAGGACGUUCAGUCCGAGCUGCCGAGCGAGCCGGACUACGAUUUACGGAAUGGGGAGACAGUGUUCUUGAAGCGCAUGACCGAGCUACACUAUACUGUGCCAACAAACGUCUCUCUGCUCCAGGUCCAGGGUCCGGUGAUGACAGAAAGACAGAAUCUUUCUGUCUGUACUGCCGUCCUUGAUCCGUUGCCGGCUUGGUGGAACGCAUCUACUGGUCCCCCGAUGGCGUGGCAGGCUGCGCCUCUGAACAUCUCCUUCAAGAACCUCUUCCUCUUCCCACUCGAUCCUACCGUGAGCUACACCAUGAAGAUUCUGCCUCGAUACGAUGGCAAAGAGUGCGGCGUCAAUAUGAUCCGAACCUACCCUUUCUUCUACAACCCCCGCAACGAGCACCAAACAAACAGCCCAACGAUCCCCUCAGGCGACGGCAGCGAGAGUGGACAUCAAGGAUCGAACCACGCCUCCAUAAUUGUCGGAGCUGUCAUUGGCGGCGUGAGCUUCAUAGUCAUCGUCACGUCUCUGAUCGUCUGGCUCAUUCGUCGCUACCUCCGCCGCCAGCGCGAGUCAGCUCUACCCGAUCUGUUCUUAGUGGAUGAGGGCGACCCUAUAUUGAACCCGUUUAUUGCCAACGGGAUCACACGUACUUGUCCAGAAGAAACUGGACCUCGCAAGCGAGAACCACCCACUGGUAGAACAAGUGGCACGAACCAACUACCACCGGUCCACGCGCUUCUCGUUCAAGAGGAGGAUGCUGAAGAUGUUGGGGAUGAGAACCACCCUGUCGAGGUCUUGCCACCUAGAUACCGCUCUGGGAGGAGAAACCCAAUCACCAGAGGGUCAGACGCCCCUGUCAUUCCCAGUGGGAAACAGGCACUGCGCACUAGAAACCCGGAUCCGCCGAGCCGACCAAGUAGCCCUGCGAGUACCGUCUACACCUUUUACCCGGCACGAUCAACCCUUUCUGCCUCGUGA